AUGCGGCACACAUUAGUAUCCAUUAUGGCAUUCCUUGCUGUACUCCUCACUGCGAAAGCUACGGAUUUGGGCAGAGAUGGCUUUAAUUACUACAAAGAUUAUUUACGCGGCAGGUCCGAUGACAUAGCACCAGCUCCUUACGACGAUCGGACAUUUUUGUACUACUUUGGAAUUCCUCAAUCAUAUCCAGAGAUAGCCAUACAAGAUUACGGAAAGAGAACGGCAAAUCUUUUUAAAAAUCACAUGCUGAAUAGAGAAGCCUGGCCUGGAGGUACUCCUAAUAAGAGAACAUCAAAAACUGGCCUCUCGCUUCUAAUGCAAAGCAAGCAAGAUGUUAAGCCCACGGAUGACAGCCAUUAUUGUCUCUAUGGAAAAUAA